CGUCCCCAAAUUUCAUUUCUCUCUUUUCGCCUGCGUUCUCUGCGACUCUCUCUCCCUGUGCAAACCGAAGCUAAAUCAUGAAAGAGCUGGAUUUCGACGCGGAUAAGGCCGUUGCUAAGGAAUUUCUGGCAAACUUCGCCGACACAAAUGGCAGAUCCAAGUACAUGGAAAUCCUCCAAGAAGUAGCAAAUCGGAAGAUUCGAGCGAUUCAGAUUGAUCUCGAGGACCUUUUCAAUUACAAGGAUUACGAUGAUGAGUUUGUCAGACGGUUAACUGAAAACACCCGCCGAUAUAUCACCAUUUUCUCCUCCGCAAUUGACGAGCUGAUGCCAGAACCCACGGAAGCAUUUCCAGAUGAUGAUCAUGAUAUACUGAUGACACAGAGAGCAGAGGAUGUUACCGAUAAUGCUGACAUAUCUGAUCAGCAUCAGCAAAUUCCUGCGGAGAUCAAGCGCUUCUUCGAGGUCUAUUUCAAAGCUCUUUCAAAGGGUCGGCCAUUUACCAUCAGGGAGGUUAAGGCUUCACAUAUUGGACAGCUUGUGAGGAUAUCUGGCAUUGUGACUCGUUGUUCUGAUGUAAAACCACUGAUGUCAGUUGCUGUUUACACAUGUGAAGAUUGUGGCCAUGAAAUUUACCAGGAAGUAACCUCUAGAGUCUUCAUGCCGUUGUUUAAGUGCCCUUCCAGGCGUUGUCGGCUUAACAAAAAGGACGGAAAUCCUAUCCUCCAGUUGAGGGCAUCAAAGUUUCUGAAGUUUCAAGAGGCCAAGAUUCAAGAAUUGGCUGAACAUGUUCCUAAAGGGCAUAUUCCGCGGUCAAUGACUGUUCAUCUCAGAGGAGAGCUGACGAGAAAGGUAGCACCAGGUGAUGUUGUUGAGUUAUCGGGGAUUUUCCUUCCCAUUCCUUACACUGGAUUUAGAGCACUCCGAGCUGGCUUAGUUGCAGACACAUACUUGGAGGUGACAUCGGUCACUCAUUUCAAGAAGAAAUACGAGGAAUACGAACUUGAGAAAGAUGAGGAAGAACAGAUUGCACGUCUGGCUGAGGAUGGUGACAUCUAUAACAAGUUAGCACGGUCUCUGGCCCCUGAGAUUUAUGGACAUGAAGAUAUUAAGAAAGCGUUGCUUCUCCUUCUUGUGGGUGCUCCACACAGAAAAUUGAAGGAUGGGAUGAAGAUUAGAGGAGAUUUGCAUAUAUGUCUGAUGGGUGAUCCUGGUGUUGCCAAGAGUCAGCUUCUCAAGCAUAUUAUCAACGUAGCUCCUAGGGGAGUCUACACAACCGGCAAAGGUAGCAGUGGGGUUGGUCUAACUGCUGCUGUUCAGAGAGAUCAAGUGACAAACGAGAUGGUUCUAGAAGGGGGAGCUCUGGUGCUGGCUGACAUGGGUAUUUGCGCAAUCGACGAGUUCGAUAAGAUGGAUGAAUCGGACCGUACUGCGAUUCAUGAGGUCAUGGAGCAGCAAACUGUCAGCAUUGCCAAGGCUGGGAUUACUACAUCUCUGAAUGCGAGAACAGCUGUUCUUGCUGCUGCUAAUCCAGCAUGGGGGAGAUACGACUUGCGGAGAACUCCAGCAGAAAACAUAAAUCUUCCACCGGCACUUCUAUCGAGAUUUGAUCUUCUAUGGUUGAUAUUAGAUCGAGCUGAUAUGGACAGCGACCUUGAAAUGGCGAGGCAUGUGGUUUAUGUACACCAAAAUAAAGAAUCCCCGGCACUUGGCUUCAAUCCCCUUGAACCUUCUAUUCUCCGGGCAUAUAUUUCGGCGGCGAGGAGAUUGUCCCCUUACGUACCAAGGGAGCUGGAGGAAUAUAUAGCGACAGCUUAUUCCAGCAUCAGGCAGGAAGAAGCCAAAUCAAAUACCCCUCACUCCUACACAACCGUCAGGACUCUCCUCAGCAUUCUCCGCAUCUCCUCCGCACUAGCAAGGCUGAGAUUCUCGGAAGCGGUGGCACAAAGCGAUGUGGACGAGGCACUGAGGCUAAUGCAGAUGUCGAAAAUAUCACUGUACGCGGAUGAUCGGCAGAAAGCAGGUCUGGACGCCAUUUCAGACAUCUACUCCAUCGUAAGAGAUGAAGCUGCAAGGAUGAACAGAACACACGUGAGCUACGCAAAUGCACUCAACUGGAUCUCCAGAAAGGGUUACAGCGAGGCGCAGCUGAAGGAAUGCUUGGAGGAAUACGCAGCUUUGAAUGUGUGGCAGAUUGAUCCUCACACCUUUGACAUCCGUUUCAUCUGAUGUAAUGUAAUGCUCCUUCCCCUGAGUAUUGGUUAAUUGUAUUCCGUGUGUUUUCUUUUAUGUUAUUUAUAUCCUCUGAAAUGGAGAACACAAAGUGGCUGGCUAUACAGACAUGCGGCUCCUUGUUCUGCUUGACAUCCAAACAUGUUUACGUUUGAGGGUGUGACACAUAUAAUCAUUUUA